AUGGUUUGGGAGGAGGAACGAAAUGGUUGUUAUUCUGUGAAAUCCGGGUACAAGCUUGCUAUGAAGUGUAUUUUUCGUAAUGAUAAAUACCACGUGGAAGAUGAGGUAGAAGAUGAUGUACACGCUUUUUUCACCUGCGUUUCUGCUCAAUCCAGUUGGCAAGCAGCUGGACUGUCAUCUGUCUUGGGUUCCGCAGCUUGUCAGCAAGGGAGUGCGGCAAAAAGAGUGUUUGUCUUGUGUCGGAAUGAGGAUUACGCUACUAUAUGUAGAGUGGCUACGCUGUUGUGGAGUAUAUGGCAUAACCGGAAUGAUAAAAUUUGGAAUGAUAAUCACCAAUCAAUGGGAAAAGCCUCGUAUAGGAUGGUUAAAGUGCAUAAUGUAGAUGCAGCAUUUUUUGUUAGUGCAGGUAGGACCGCGAUGGGUGCUUGUUUUCGUAAUAAUUCUGGUGAGUUUAUGACUAGAAUUACGCAGUGGAAGAAACUGACUUUAUCAACAGAGAAGGGUGAAUCAUGA